AUGUUUCUGUUGGACGCCGCCGUACCAGUGAUCGCUUUCUUCUUACUGUUUAAUUUCUUAUACUUGUACUCGCCCAUCGAAUCGAUGGAAUCCGGUUGGAUCUUCAAAACAUGCGAUGCUUGUCUGCAGUCGACGUGUCACACCGAAAACAAAAGGCCGUGCUAUACCAGAUGGAACGUAGACUACAAUUUCACAUGUUUCAUGUGUCCACCCGAAUUUGGCAAUGAUCAGUACUUCUACGAAGAUGAAUGCUUGAAGGGCUGCACGGACGAGAAGAAGCAUUGCGUUUGCGACUUUUGGUGUUACAUGUGCGUCGCAAAAGAAGGCUUCGAUAAGGCCAAUUUCACGCAAUGCAUCGUUGAUCCAAACGAGGAAAUAAACUGCAAAUAA